AUGUCUAAUGAAGACGAUGAAUGUGACUCGUCGAGUCUUUUUAAUGUUGCAAGUCAAACAGAUGUAAAUUCAUUUUUACAUUCUCAAGCAGCUAAAAUAACAGGUAUAACAACAAGUAUAAGUGAUGAUGAAAAUAGUUCUAUGGAUGGAAGUUUAUUAACACAUUUUUCAAAAGUAUCAUCAGAAAAAAAAUAUAUUAUAACAACAAAUACAAAUAUACGUUCAACACCUAUAAAACCAUAUUUAAGUCGUUCAUGUUUUGCAUCAUUAACAAGUUCAUCACCAAUUAAAAAUUCAUUACAAAAAACUUAUGCAUCCGAUGAUUUAACUGAAUUAAAAUGGUUAAAUACAUUUAAAUUAAAAGAAUUUAAAGAUGAUUUUACUUCAAAUAAUAUUAAAGAUAAAGAUAAUAAUAAUAAUACUAAAAAUCCAUUAAUAUCCCAACAACAACAACAAGAACAAGAACAAAACAAUAAUAAUAAUAAUGAUGAAGAUCGUUUAGCAAAAUUAAUAAGUGAAUUAAAAUCCUAUGAUAAUGAAAAUACAAAAAUAACAACAACAUCAUUUGGUAUAAUUAUAUUUCUUGGAUUUUAUUCUAAACGUGAUGAAAAACAUUUAUCAUGGUCAUUAACAAUAAAACAAUUAUAUGAAUAUGUACAAAAUAAUGCUAAAUAUAUAACAAAUAAACGUGGAUGGAAAAAUUUAUUACGACAAUCAUUAAUUACAAUACCAUGUUUUGUUAAAACAAAACGUGAUUUACUUAAAUCUCGUUCAUUAUGGACAAUUGAUCCAUAUUAUCGACCAUUAUUAACAAAAGCUUAUUUAACAAAUCCACCAUCACAAUCAUCAAUUAUUACAAUAAAUAAAACAUUAUCCGAAGCACCAACAAAUCGACAUGAUGAUCAAUUAGACAUUAAUCGUUCAUCACAAUCAAUUGUAAGUAAUUUUGCACCAAAAGCAACAGUGAAAACAAAAGUACUUCCACGUCUUUAUGAACGUCUUUGCGAAGAAAAAGCAGAUGAUGAUGGUGAGGAUGGAGAUGAAGCUGAUUCACAUAAUAUUGCCAAACGUCAUCGAAGUUCAACAUCAGGUCGUAAACGUCCUCAUUCCUCAUCAGGUCAUCGACAAUCUAUUAAAAAUAAUGAUGGAAAACGUCGUUCAUCAACAUCACCAUGGGCAACUAAAAUACUCAAACGACAUAAACGACGACAUUAUCGUCAAUCAGGAGGUGUUGAACCAAAAACAUCAACACCAGCUAGAGGGUCUAAUAAUGAAAAUCGUUCAUCAUCAACAUCUACUAUUGUUACACCUUGUCCAAGUAUGGAUCAUAAUUAUUUACUUCAACCUGAAAAAAUAAAAUAUUCACCAAAAAAACGAACUAAAUCUACAGGAUCAAUUGAAUAUAAUGAACCAUCAAGUGGUGAUGCUGAAGAAGAUGAUGAACGUGAUAGUAGUUCAUCAAUACGUCCAAUACGUAAAUCAAUAAUAACAACACGUGCUCAAGCAGCAGCACGUAAUAAUCAUUCAAAAAAUCGUCGAAAAAGUUCUCCACCAAAAAAACGUUCAUCACUUCAAUUACCAUCUCAUCGACCAAAUACACGUAUAAAUCGACGAAUAAUUGAACAAGAUCUGAAAUUAUUACGACAAGCUAAUGUUUUACCUCAAUUAUCACCACCAACAUAUCAACAACCACUUGAUUUAUCUCUUGGUCCUAAUCGAUCAUCUUCAUAUGAAGAAAUAAUUGAACAAACAACGACAACAACAACAACAACAACGGAUAGUGAAACACUAAAAGAAAUUAUACAAAUAAAAACAACACCAAUGGAAGGCGUACUUGAUUUAUCUCUUUCCCGAUGA